AUGCGACCAAUCACGCAUCGAGCUAAGAUUUCAUUAGGAGCUCAAGAAGAGUUCAAAAAAUUCUAUACAAAAUGGUUGCUCAAAAGAUCACCUGUCCGAGUCGGAGCGACGAUUUCGGAAAUCAAUAUCCGAUCAAACCAAACACCGAAAGACGUGGUUUUUUCUCAAACGAGUCUCAAGACUCAAACUGUUUUGAAAGUGGUAAACCUAGAUCAUUUAAAGAGCGAGAACAACCAGCAAGUAAUCGGUUCAAUCGAAGCGGCCUCGAGCAGCGACGGAUAUUCAAACGCAGCGCCGGGUUCACCAGUGCCAACAACCAGCUUUACAGAGGUGUCCUUGAAAUCGGAGCCCCUGUACGACAGCGCAAUGUUUCACGAAACGGACUACGAGUUCUUCCAAGAACUGGCUCCCUUGUAUUACGUUCCCGAAAAGGAAGAAGUAGUACAGACCAUUGAUUCAUUUACCAAAACUGAAGAAAAGGCGAUUAACAUUGACACACCACACAUCCCAUUCUCACCGCAAGCUUGGGAACAAUUUGACGUUAACUCUCCACAGCCUCAGUCAGGCUUUUAUAAUAGUACACCAUUGUCGCCUAACGACAACUUUGGACAAUACGACAAUAAUAAUUUGCGCCAUUUUCCUGAAGUUGAUAGAGACACCUCUAUUCAAAAUCAGGAGAGUCUUUUAAAUAUUGAUAGCCUAACUACGGCAUUUGGAGACUCAACGUCAGAAAUUGUCAACGAUAUGAAUUCGUGGCAAGCGGCGGAGCAAGUGGAGUGGCCCAACACAACUGACACUCACUUCAACAUCAUUUAUACAAACAACACAAUGAUGCCCUUCAUCAACGGAGAUGACUCUGUCGAUCUAAUCUGUGGGACGGUCGUUCCUGGAGAAGUUGAGUUUAUUGACUUAGUUCCUCCAGACCGAAAUAUGAACAAAGAACAAGAAACUAGGACGGUGCAAGUCCCGGUCCUGUCGAAACGGAAUGAAGGCCUUUCCGUUGAUGUAUCAGUUCGUGCCCCGGCGUGGUCUCAAGACAUCAGUACACCAGUAAUUCUAAACGAAGUUAUUUCGUUAGAAAAGGAAAACAGCACAGAUAUCUUGGAUCCGCCUAAAACAUGGCAAAUGAAAAAUACAUCAACAGAGGCCUUCACUGCGUUUAAAACCUCGCCUCAGGUAGACUACGAUCCUAUCACACCUAAGAGCGAAUCUCAUAUGGAGUCGGAUAAUGAAGACAGCAAAUCUUAUACCAGUAAGAGAAGAAGACACGACAGUGAAGACUCCGAUAAAACUUACACACCAUACACCGAACAGCCCCCAAGAAAGUACAAGAGACGAAAGCCUAGUGUGCCUAUCAAGGACCUAAUCCUUGCACUAGAAAGUCAGCCAAAGGCACGAAGGGGACGUCCUCCAAAAAGAAGGGAAAGCACAGUGUCUUCUGUGUGCAGUGUAGACGAGAACUCAUCGUUUGCCUCCACACAGGAAUAUAAAUAUAGGGAAUUAAGAGAUAAGAAUAAUGAAGCAUCCAAGAGGUCACGAAUGAACAGGAGGCUCAAGGAGGAACAAAUGGAAGAACUAGCUGUAAACUUAGCAGAAGAAAACAAAAGGUUAAAAGUUAGAGUAGGCGUUUUAGAGGAAAUGACGAAAAAACUAAAGAAUGAAUUGAUGUCCGCUAUUCUAAAGAAAUGA